AUGUUUGGAAUCCAACGCGAUCAACAGGAGGAGGAGGAGGAGUCGGAUCAAGAGGUUGGUGCAGGAGAAGCCCGGCGGCCAGAUGGAGGUCGACGGGUUCGUACCCGGUUGGUUCAGCAGGUUUCCAGUAGUGAUGACAGCGACAACGAAACCAGCGGGGAACGAGACAGCAGUGAGGAAAGUUCGAGUGACUCGGAGAGCGAGAAGAAGCCAGGAAAUGCCGAAAAGAGAAUUGAGGACGAUGUACCUAACACAGAAGUCCAGGAGGAGGACCCGAAGCUGUCCGAACGAAUCCAUAACCUGAUCAAACGUCAGAUUUGCCGUCUAGUAGACAGACGCUAUCCGAAUGUUGUUCUUCCGGAAGAAGUAUGCAGCCGCUACAAUAUCAACCCCAGACAUCGCCCAUUAAACCGCCCACGAGGCAAGGACAGUACAUUAAGGGACUUGGUACCAAGUCCUUGGGAAGUUAAGCCAACUGAUUCUCGAGAAUAUAACCGGACUACUGGUGAAGACCAGCUUGUUAUAGCAAGAGAAGACCAGCCGGUAUCGAAGUCAAGCACCACGUUGGAUCGAGCACCUGAUCGAGGAUGCGAACGAACAUCGGGAAGAGGGAGAGACAAUCGGUUAUCUGAGUGUGGUGAGGUUCGUUGGAAAUUCUCUGGAGGCCGAAGCUCUUUAUUGGCUGAGUAUUACAUACUGCUACUAGAGUGUAAGGUUAUGGUGACUCAACUCUUGAUCGAGAGUGAGAGUUGGAUUGAUGCCAAAAUAGCCUUUUCAUGGGCCGUGGGCCGAGUCCUCUUUCGAGAUGACGUGGUCACAGUUUUGGCAUUGCGUGGUUCGUUGGACUUGAUGGACUUUUUGCCCACGCAAUUAGUCCUGGCGAAACCCGUCGGGCGAGUCCCACGGGUUUUUCAGACAUCGCCAGGAAUGACAUCGCCGGGAAUCGAACCCACGCCUAAGCUGACAAACACCGAACCGGUGGUGAAAACCGAACCGGUGGUGAAAACCGAAACGGCGGUGAAAACCGAAACGGCACCGGACGGGCAAACGUCCAACCAGCCUCCUCACCCGGACCUAGCACCAAUCAUUUCUACCGCUGUUGUACCGUCCUGUUCGGAGCUGGCAAUUGCAGAAAAGAAUGAAGUACCUGAAUGUCCUCCUGCGGUUAAAGGAGAAAAAUUAGAGAAGGAUUCAUGCAUGGAUCCCCAGGUCAAGAUCGAAAUAUCCGCAUCCCUAGAAGAGUCUAAACCUGAGACAGUUAAAGAUGGACCGCCGCAGACAGUUCAUAUUGAAUUAGCCAAGAGUGAACUGCCCGUUCCGAUUCAAUCACAUAAAAAUGAACCCGAUAGAAAUGAGCCAGACAGGCAUGGGCCGCUGCAAACUGAACCCGCUCCCAGUACGGCGGAGCCGGGGGAGACAAAAGGUGACGCGAGCAAGACACGAGAACGCCCACCGUCGGUGACCGUGGACUUUGGAGAUGCACCGUUGGCGCAUGACCCAACUGGACUGAAGCCUGCUGGCAAUAGGAAGCAUUCUAACGCUAAGAAGCAUUCUAAUGAUAGGAGGCAUGGCAAAGCUAAGAAGGACUCUGAUGGCAACACCUUGAAGACGCAUCGGCCGAAGGAUGCUCAUGGUCGACGGAAUGAUCAACCAAAGGGUAAUCAACCCAAGAAUGGCCAACCCGGAGGUGGACACCUUAAAGGUAAUCGUCUCAAAGGUGAUCCUAAGGGUGAUCCUAAGGGUGAUCCUAAGAGUGAUCCUAAAGAUGAUCCUAAAGGUGAAAAGUUGGAUCCAGAGGACGUGGUGUUGGAUCCAGAGGACGUGGUGUUGGAAAAAAUGGAGCGGAGAUUUGAUCACUUUUUGAGGAAGGGGGAUAAGUUACGGAGGUCGCUACCAAGGAGUGUGUUUGGUCGGCGGAUGAAUGCGCCCCUGGAGGAUGAGAAGGAAGAAAAGUCAUUGCCGAGUUACAGUACCCUGGAGGAGUUGGAUGUAGCCAUAGCGCGGGCGGAUACGGGUCGGUUCAAGCCGUUUGCAUCGUACGUGGUUUAUGGCAGCAAAGCUUGUGGUGUGGAGAUUGUUCCCCGAGCGGUGGAGGGAGAAAUGGUCGAUGCCUCGAUGGUGGAGGGCAAGGUGGACGACCCAGCGGUGGCGGACCCAGCUAUGAAGGUGGUUGAUGAGGCGAAGCCGGUUGGGAAGAUGGUCGGGAAGAUGGUUGGGAAACGAGCACUAGCCAGCCUUUCUUUUUCGGAUUGCGAUUUGGACGCAGUCAUGAUGUUGUUGGGUCUGCAAAUGCUGGAGGAAUGGGAUAAGGGACAAGUGGGUACGGAGGCCGUUAUGGAAGAUUUCGUUCGAUUGGCGCUAAGAGCGCAAGAUGUCACAACUUCGGUCACGCAAGGAGUUCAGGACGCAGAGCAGCGGUGGGUGCAGGUCUCACGGCUGGGCAUGAAGCCGCGACGUGGCCAGUGGUGA